AUGAGACAGAAAGGAAAGGGACAAACAUUAGAUUUCAACCUGAGCAAGAAAGGGACGAGCAGAAGAGACCUUUUGAAAAUUUGCGAAAAUGCUGUCAAGUACAGUGUGCGAACGAGUCAUCCUUAUUUCAGGAAUCAGUUGUACGGGGGCGUUGAUCCGUACGCAUUGGCUGGGACUUGGCUGUCUGAAGCUCUGAAUACGAAUCAGUACACGUUUGAAGUCGCCCCAUUUUUCAUGACGACUGAACGAGCGAUUCUGAAGAAAAUUCGGGAAAUCAUCGGUUGGCCUGACGGAAGAGGAGACGGAAUUUUUGCUCCAGGUGGCAGCACUGGAAAUAUGUACGGGAUUGUAGCAGCGAGAUACAACAAAUUCCCGGAGUCGAAAGUGGAAGGAAUGUUCGGGUUACCGCGACUGACCCUUUUCAUUUCUCAAGACGCUCAUUAUUCGUCGAUCAAAGCGGCGCAUUGGCUCGGGUUCGGAACCAAAAGCGUCAUUGCCGUGCCCACCGAUGAAUUGGGUAGGAUGAUCCCAGAAGAAUUGGAGAAGUGUAAAUGCGGAGCUGUUCCUUUUUGCGUCGUCGCCACUUCGGGAACAACUGUUCUAGGUGCUUUCGAUCCUCUGGAAGCAAUUGCAAAAAUCUGCCGAGCGAAUGACAUCUGGCUUCACGUCGAUGCUUGCUGGGGAGGUUCAGCGCUUUUGUCCAAGAAGCACAGACAUCUGAUGAAAGGCGUUGAGAAUGCGGACAGCUUAAUUUGGAACCCCCACAAAAUGCUUGGGGCUCCACUUCAAUGUUCACCCUUCGUGAUUCGUCACGAAGGUUUGUUGCACAAAUGCAACAGCGCUUCGGCGACGUACUUGUUCCAGCAAGACAAAUUCUAUGACGUUUCCUACGACACUGGCGACAAAAGCUUUCAAUGCGGACGGAAAGUCGACGGUUUCAAGUUGUGGACCAUGUGGAAAGCACGUGGCGACAAUGGACUCGAAGCUCUCGUCAGCAACACAUUCCAAUGUGCAGAGUACGUGCAUGAAUUGAUCAAAAAUCGACCGGGAUUCAAAAUGGUCAUACCUGAAGUUCAGUGCACAAAUGUGUGCUUCUGGUACAUUCCCGAGUGUCUGCGGAAUCUAGAAGAAACUGAGGAAUGGUGGACAAAGAUGGAAAAGGUUGCUCCGGAAAUCAAGCGUCGGAUGACAGUCGAAGGCAGCCUCCUGAUCGGUUAUCAACCUCUGAAGCACAAAAAUUUGCGCAAUUUCUUCCGACUCGUCCUGACUUGCCAACCCCCAUUGACAACGGAGAACAUGGACUUCGUUGUGUCGGAAAUCGACAGACUCGGUCGAGAUAUGAUUCUUUGA